AUGAAAUCAAAAAUAUUUAUAUUGUUUAUAUUAAAUUUUAUAUUUUCAAUAGGGUUUUCAUCAAAUGUUUAUAAUAGUAAUAUAAAAUUAACAACAAUAGCGAAUGUGGAAACUUUCCCAAACCGAUUUUUGAAAAUUGGAGAUUCGAAACAAAGCGAAACUAUUCAAUUUAAAAUUCUUUUAAAACAAAAAAAUUUAAAUAUUUUAGAGGAUAAAUUUUGGGAUAUUUCAUCACCCAAAUCAGAAAACUAUGGAAAGUUUUUAAAUGAAAAAGAAAUUGAUUCGAUAAUAGCACCCAAUGAAGAAGAUAUUCAAGAUGUUUUAAAUUGGUUAGUUGAUAAUGAAAUAGAAAAGAACGGAAUUACAUGUUAUUCAGAUUAUAUAAAAGUAGAAGCCAGUGUAAAGAAAGCAUCAAAGUUAUUUAACACCAAAUUUUCAGAUUAUAUAUCAACUAGAACUUUAAAUAGGAGAAUUAGAAUUGAUGGUCCUGCAUGGGUUCCUGAAUCAAUUAGUGAAAAAAUUCAUCUUAUUUUAGGUUUAUCAGAUUUUAUUGAGGAUCAUAAAAAGACUAAAUUAAAUAUAAAUAGAAAUUUAAAAGAUGAUUCAAUGUUAAUAACACCCGAUGUAAUUAGGAAAUACUAUGGAGUUAGCGACGAAAUAGGUACAAAUUUGAGCAAUAUUCAAUCAGUUGGGUCACAGCAUAGUGUAUAUAGUGAAGGUGCACUAGAGUAUUUCGAACAACAAUACAACUUAAAUCCAUCACGAAUUAUUACAAACAAUAUGGAAAAUUGCUUACCAGGAGGUUGUGACCAAUUAGAGCCAAAUAUUGAUAUUCAGUACCUAUCAUCAAUGGGAAAUAAUAUUACAACACUAUAUUAUCAAUUAACCUAUGACGAGUGGGUUCUAGAUUGGGCUUUAAAUGUUCAAUCUUUUGUUCCAUUUCCUUUAGUUUCAUCACUUAGUUAUGGGUUUGGCGAGUUUGAUGUAUGUGCGGUGGUUCCUAACAAUUGUAGCUCUCUUGGAAUAGAUUCGGUCGGGUACAUAAACAGAACAAAUAUAGAGUUUCAAAAACUUGGAUUACGGGGAAUGUCUAUAUUGGUUAGCAGUGGUGAUGAGGGGUGUCUUGGUUUUUAUUCAUCAAGUGGUAAUUGCCCAUUAGAUACCUCCAACUAUUGUCCUCUAGGUGGGUGUAAAUAUACGACUACAUUUUGUCCAUCUAUUACAAUAUCAUUGUCAAAUGGAAGCGAAUGCUUCUUUCCAAUGGGGUAUGGUAAUGAUACUUGUUUUAACUUGUUUUUAAAUUCAAACUAUUCUGAUUCUAUUAAUAACUUCAUAGAAUCAAACAACGACGAUCAAUGUACCACCACAAUCGAUAGAGACUCUAGAAACAAUCCACACUUUUACACAAGCUGUUCGUGUGACUCUUUAAUUCCAUAUUAUGACGAAGAGCUCGAAUUAAAAAUUAUCAGUUUCGAAUUUGACCCGGAAGCUGGUCGCUUAUUUGAUUUAGAGUUUCCUGGUUCAUCGCCUUAUAUCACAUCAGUAGGAGCUACACAAAUUUUAUCAAUGACCGAACCGGAAAUCGUUUGCUCUAUUACCACUGGCGCAAUUAUAGUUAGUGGUGGUGGAUUUUCUGCAACCCAACCCCAGCCAUCAUAUCAAGCAUCAGCUGUCUCGAAAUACCUCGAAAAUGGGGCAUCAACAUUGCCACCAUCAUAUUCAUUCAAUCCAUCCAACAGAGCAGUACCAGACAUAACAUUAGCAGGUCAUAGCUAUUCAAUUGCUAAUAGUGUAAAUCAAUCAUCGAAUGAAUGCCCAUGCGAAUUAUCAUCGGUCGAUGGCACAUCAUGUUCAGCUCCUUCUGCAGGUGGUAUUUUUUCAUUAAUUAAUGACCACCUUUUAAACUCUAAUAGAUCACCUUUAGGGUUCCUAAAUCCAUUACUAUAUCAAGCUGCAAUCGAGCAACCAAAUGUUUUCAAUGAUAUCACUGUUGGUAAUAUCAAAUGUAAUGGUGUCUAUUGUUGCGAGUAUGGUUACUCUGCAACACCUGGUUAUGAUUGUGCAAGUGGCUUAGGUUCGAUUAAUUAUCAAAAUUUAAAAGAUUAUAUUUUAUUAAUAAAAAAAUAA